AUGAUACGGAAAAGUGAUUAUCCAUUAGAAAAUUUAAAAUCACCCUCUGAUAAUCAUCCUCUGAUAUUUCCGAUUUUUGAUAAGAAACGAAAUUCUUAUCAUUCCAAAGGAUUUUGGAGGACAAUAGAAGGAUUUUAUCCUGUUUAUAACGAGCAACCAAAGAGAGUUAGCAAUAGUGAAAAGAAGACAUCUACUACAUUGAAACUUUUUACUGCUUUACAAAAAGAGAAUGGAUUGGCAGAUGCUGUUGGAAAUUAUCUAAACAAAGGUUUAGAUAUCGAGUCUAUGGUCAAUCCAAAUGAAUUAAUUACGAGAACUGAUUAUCUUCCAGAAGACAAAUCUAAAUUAUUUUACACUAAUGUGCAUGUUGCAGGUUCACUCAAGAUGAAUCUGGUUUUUAAAAAAACUAUUUUGAGAGAUUAUUACUUUGUGUAUGGAACAGUUGCCAUGAGGAAUGGUAAAUAUUUCCUUGAGCGAGAAAAUUUGCUCUUUCUAGAAGGAGUCUACUCUCUCUUUACCAAUCAAUUUCAUUUCAUUUUAAAACCUAAGAAAUACUUAUUUUAUAGAAUGCCAGAUUAUCUAGAUAAGGAAUUAUUGAAUCAAACAGUAUUUAAUGGAGAUGCUGGAGCAGAGUUGGCCUAUCAUUCCUAUGUGGAUCAUUAUAUUGAAGAAUUACAAGAAAUGGGUAUGGACUAUGACUCAUACUCUUACUAUAGCUCAGCCUACCAUUCUCAACAAGACUCUGUCAACUUUGAAAAAUCUAAAAGAGAGAGUUGCGUAUUUAAAGGACUAGGUAUUGGAAAAGCUAAUAUUCACGAUCAAAAACUUAAAAACUUUGUUGAAUCAUUUGAAACCAAUGAUUUUAAUGAAAUUUUGGAGUGGAGUCUCUCAGGAAUUGUUACUGGUAUUAAUUGUAAUCAUACCCUCAUGUUCUCUCAAACAUUCCAUGAUAAUAGUGAAUUUACUCAUGAAGUCAAGAUUUUCUUGAGAAUCUCUACACUUCUUUCCAUCUUUCUCAUAUUUGGCAUGUUGAGACAGAUCAAGAGUACUGCUACAAGAUCAGCAGCACAAAGGAUCUCAAUUCUGUUCGUCGGCUUUACAUUUACACUUUCUUUCCUUUUCUUCUCUGGAUCUCUCAUUUUCCUUUUCAACUUUUACUCAGUUUUUAGUAUUUCAUUGGCUCUUUCCUUUAUGAGUUUCCUCUACCUAACUUGCAGCAUUCAGUAUGUGCUUUACAUUUGGAAGUCUCACUAUCCAAAUCAUUACGAGAAUGUGGUGAGAGCCUCUGUUUUCUUUUUCUUUUGGGGAUUUUUAAUGACUGUAUUAUUUGGAGGUUAUUACCUUUCACACGUAUAUCCACACUUACUGAGAUAUAUUUUAUUUAUUGGAUUUUCAUUCAUUGUUCCUCAAAUUAUUUCAAACUUUGUUUACAAUACCAGAAAGUCGGUGGAUUUGGUCUAUUUGACCUCUCUUGUGGUAUUCUUUUCAUUCCUGGUACUAUACUUUGGAACAAGACCUGAAAACUUUUUGGAAUUUAAAACAAACUAUACUUACUGCUUCCUAAUUCUAUCCUACAUGUAUAUUCAGUAUGGUAUCUUUUUAGCACAAAACUUGAUUGAUCCUAGAUUGAAUAUUUUGAGUACUCACUUAUUUGGAUUUAUGCUUCCACCAAAAUACAAUUAUCAUAGACCAAUUCCAGAAUCGAUGUUGGAAGAGGGAGAGUGUAAAUGCGUUAUUUGUAUGUCGGAAAUUGAAAUACCUGAAAAUGAUACAACCAGUGAUGCCUUACUAGUGGAGGUCAAUAACAAUUCAACUCUAACAAAUAGAAAAAAGAAAGCAGAAAAUUAUUCGUCAAAAGACUUUAUGGUCACACCUUGCAAUCACGUUUUCCACACAGUUUGUCUGGAGAAGUGGAAGGAAUAUAAGCUAGAAUGUCCUUUGUGCAAAAAGGAUUUGCCAAUGAACUAG